ACGACUUUUCUUACAACGUAUCGAGCCCAGCGCCACCUAGAGGGAUUAGAGAGCACUGUGUUAGGUCUUAAAUUCAUUGUGACCUAUAACCAUCUGAAACGUGGAGUAAUGUCUCUACGCUGUACAGCUACAGUGUCUCAAGAAUAUUACUCACAAAGCAGUGAGAUUGUGAUUGGCGGCAGAAUUAGAACAGAUGCGACAGAUUACAUACAAGAAGAAACUGGACCGAAACUGACCACAGGUAAAAAGGAAUACAGAGUAGGAGACAUUGUUGAGGUCAACUGCAGCUCCCCUAGAGACAAAGAGUCAGUCCAUCUGGCAUGGUUCGUUAACGACCAAGAAGUCAAGGCUGAUCAUCUCUACGUCAUUAACUAUUCACCAGUAAUUUAUAAAGACGAUGCUGUGUCGUCUCUGAUUGGGCUAAAGUUCCGCUUGACCCACAAUCAGUUGCUUUCAGAAGGCUUGAGGAUAAAAUGUACCGCUAGCAAAUCUACUGUUCUGGAUACUAGGAGCCACAAUAUAGUAGUCGGCGGAGUCCAACGUAGUUCAGGUUUCCAUGUGUUAGCAAGCAGCGGGAAAGAGUCCAGUACUAGAAGUUUCCGGAAUCUGGUAUUUUGGAGCUGGUUAUUCCAUCUAAUCUUUCUCCGGCUGACAGGUACGAUCCGACACUAGCUACUUCUUGAGUGGGAAUUUAAAGAAGACCUUAAACCUUAAUGGAGCUACCACAAUAAACACAGCAAUUGAAAAAAAUAAAAAUGCCGAGAACUAAUCGCAUCGUUCUUUCUUGUUCUUCGAUUUCAAAAGUUCCACCAGUCAACUCCUUAUUUAAGGAAACUUCCAACACACCAGAGCUUUUCCAUCACGUGAACAUCAAUGAGGAUUAUGAUUGGUUGCGAAGGGCACGAGCUGUGAUAUGUGUUGAAAAACACUAGGAUGUGACGACACAAUCGCUGAUGAUCCGAGUUCGAAUCUUAGAGACAAGUGUUGUUUUUUUUGUGACCUGUCAUAAUUUAUAACAGUCAACUAUAUAAAAAUUCCGUGUAUGUUUGUUUGAUAAUGCUAUCCAUACUUAACAUGCUUUCUAUCUAGAUACUUUUAAUGUCAGAUA